GUGCUGAGUUAACCUUUGACCUUGAGCUGUUAAACUACAUGUAGCAGCCCAGCUAGCUAGCUAAGAAUAAGCUUUGCAGCUCGAGAAAGCCUAUAGGAGACUAUUGCAAUGGCUGGCAGGAUAAAGAAAUGUUUCAAGAGGUUCUUAAAAAGAACUGGUAUCCGCAAAGGGCUUAUCGGCGGAGUUCUGGUGCUGGUUGUGGUAGACCUCAUAUGGGUUGGUUCUGCAGCUCUGAGCAGGAUUAUCUACACACAAGAGGCCUACAAUAAGCCUCUGUUUGCCACGUACUUUAAGACAUCACUGUUCUCAAUUUAUCUGACGGCUUUCAUCUUCUGGCGUCCAUGGCAACGGCUGUGUGUGAGGGGGUGGAGGAUAAGGGAUAACGGAGAGAGACAACGACUUCUUUCUCCCGAUGCUACCUGUUCUAAUACUAUCAAUGAAGACCAUGCUCAAUCCACCUUUAAUAAUCCAGAGUACCUCACUGGCCCAACUACCCGGGAAGAGUGUACCAACACGAGAGAUGACGCCCACUCACACACUGACCCAACUACCCGGGAAGAGUGUGCCAACACGAGUGAUGACGCCCACUCUCCAAGCAGCACUGAAACCACACACAAUGAACCACCAACCAUCACCACCGAUACCAUAGUCCCUAUUGACAUGACCGGAGACAAUAUUGCCUGUUCUGAUGAACAACUGAUAGAAAAAUCACCAGCUAUACAUUCUACAGUGGAUGUUAAUGACCAUCUUUUACUAGUGGAUAAUACUAUUAAGUCGAAUCAAAGCUCUAUACUGAUAUCAGCCACUCCCCCUGAGAUCCUCUCCCCCCUGCCAGUAGAACCAGAGGUCACAGUUCUACCAGUGCAACCAGAGGUCACUGUGUGUCCAUUGGCUGGCUAUAUGAAGGAUGAACGUGUGCUAUCAAUGCAGGAGAGGUCAAACCUAUUGACCUUUCGAGGAGCGGAGAGCGCCGGGGCUGAUGGGGAUAUGAGAGUCAUUAGCUGUCCAAUUAACCCUGAGCUUGAGAUUUGCCUACUAGGUCCCCCGGAGUACGAACCCCUCGGCUGUUAUGAGCCAGACUCCUCUUCUGAGGAUGAACACAAACCAACUGAACCACUGUCUCCAUGUCAUGACAAGUGCUGCAAGGUUCGGUUCAAACGCACUGUGGAAGUGAGAGAGGUCACUGGUGAAGGUGAAGGUGGUGCUGCUACUGUUGGUGGACGCAGACUAUUCAAGAAGAAGACUGUGUCCCAACACAAGGAGGAGUGGAAGAGACACCAACUGCUCCCUGUGUGGAAGGUGGCACUAAUGGCUGCUCUCUUUGGAGUUGUGUGGUUCCUUGCUAACUACCUCUAUUCCAAGGCCCUCUAUGCUACUAGUGUGGCCUCAGUCAACACUCUCAGCUCUACCUCGGGGGUGUUUGUGAUGGUACUAGCUGCCCUCCCUUGUUUAUCAGUCACUGAUGGAGACAAGAUCACAAUAUCAAGAUGCAUUGUCACUCUUAUUAGUGUGGGCGGGGCUGCUCUGGUUAGCCUAUCCCCCUCUGGUAAUGAAGGAGGGAUAAAGUUCAGCACUGGAGCACUCUAUGCACUGGGAGGAGCAGUGUUGUAUGCAGUGUACCUGGUGUUGCUCAGGAGAGCAGUGACUCAUCAUGACUCACUGGACAUACCAAUGUUCUUUGGUUUUGUCGGCCUCUUUGACAGCAUAUUUCUCCUCCCCCUGCUGGUGGUAUGGCAUUACACUGGCCUGGAGGUCUUCCAGCUACCCCCCACAGCUGAUGUAUGGACUCUACUACUGGUGAAUGGCUUUGUGGGUACCGUACUCUCAGAGUUACUGUGGUUAUGGGGCGUGUUCCUGACCUCCCCCCUAAUGGGCACACUGGCUCUGUCCCUCGUCACUCCACUCAGUAUCACCUACAGUAUCGUCAUCGGUCAGGCUAAUUUCUCGUGGAUGUUUGUACUAGGUGCAGUGCUCAUUAUCAUCUCCUUCGUUGGAGUGACAGUGCUGGACCACUUUGGUGCUUGGGACCCACUCUGGGCAGGAGCUAAGAUCCUCUUCCUCAAGGCCAGGGACUACAGACAUCACAGGGAGUUUCGAGCCCUAAGCCGUGAGUCGCAGCGCCUCAUAACAGAUGAUCAAAUCAGACCAGCCUAUUGUCAGGACUACCUCUCUCCCACCUGAGAACACUGUGUGUGUAUAUUGGACUGUGUCUGUGUGUGUUUUGUUUUUAUUUUGUAAUCAAUUUCCUGUUUCAUACCCUAAUAAACCACAAGUUUCUUAAUUGGAUAUGAAUCUCA